AUGCCUUCGGACCGUCGGUCGUCGUCGGCGGGCUCUGGCCACAGCUCACGUUCUAGAGCGGAACGUGCAAAUGGCAGUAUGGGCCCCGAUGGUGGAGAAGCAGGCAGACGCAUCGCCGCUGAAGACGAGUACAUUCGUCGAGAGCUCACCGAGGCCACCUCCUUCUGCAAUGCCUUCUGGGGUCAAAACGAUGCUGGCUUCGAAGCCAUCUCGAAUCGUAUGAAAGCUUCCCAACGAACACUUGACGAGCUCAAGUCUCUCUACAAGGAACGUGCCGAUAUCGAAGCCGAGUAUGCAAAGCGUCUAGCCAAGCUAUCACGUCAAGCUCUGGGUCACAGCGAGACCGGUGCGCUCAAAGCCGCGUUCGAUGUCGUCAAGAACGAGCUCGACACCACCUCGCGAACUCACAGCGACUUGGCCAACAUGAUCAAGAAGGACCUCGAAGGUGCCGUCACCGACUUUGCCAAUCGCAGCUGGAACGCACGUAAGGCUGCUCAGGCCAACAUCGAAAAGCUGCACAAGAACAAACAGACUCAGAAGAACUACGUCAACAAGUCGCGCGAAAAGUACGAGCAAGAUUGCAUCAAGAUCAAUGGCUACACUGCUCAGAGUAGUCUUGUGCAGGGCAAGGAUCUCGACAAGGUCGCGUACAAGCUCGACAAGGCUCAGGCGACUGUCAGUCAGAACGACAAGGACUACCAGAACUUUGUUCGUGCACUCAAGGAUACGACUGUCAAAUGGAAUGCCGAGUGGAAGGCUUACCUCGAUCAGUGCCAGGAUCAGGAGGAAGAGCGCAUCGACUUUGCCAAGAGCAACCUCUGGAACUUCGCCAACGCUGUCUCUGCUGUCUGCGUCGCUGAUGACGAAUCGUGCGAGCGCAUCCGUGUCAGUCUCGAGAACGUCGACACUCCUCGCGACGUCCAGUUCUUCAUUCAGUACUGUGGAACAGGACCACUCAUUCCUGCACCUCCUGAGUACAUCAACUAUGCCAAAGGUCAGGCUCCUCCUGCUCGUCCCACUUAUCACACUGCCAAGUUCCAGCGUAACACUGUCAGACCGACACAGCUUCCCGUCCCACAGCAGCCGCAACAGUCACAACAACAACAGCAACAACAGCAACAGCAGCAACAGCAGCAGCAGCCACCUCAUUCGCACGAUUCGUCGCAGGGUACCUCGCCUCAGCCGCCUCAUCUAGGCUCGCAGUCCGCUACGGUACAACGCAAUGGUGCACCUUACCAAGACAAGCCGAUCCCAGCUCAACCUCCUACCCAGCCGCUUGACCUCUCACAGCGUCAGUAUGAGCACGAGCAACAUCAACAACAACCUUAUCAACAGCAACUUCCAGCUGCCGCUCAAGUGAGUCCAGAUCCGACCCAUAACCCUUCCAUCCUGCCGAACCCUUCCCCUCGCACUCCUGCUCCUCAGCGGAGAAUAUCGGCUAAAAACUUUCUUGCUCGCACUUCUUCGAUCUCUCAAAACAAAUCACCCAAAUCGCAGUCUUCAUCGCGUCCAGCGCCUGUAGCACCUCUGGGUAGCAGCCCUGCCCCAGCUAACACUCAUGCCCAGGCCAGUCAAGCCGCACCCACUACCAACGCUGCUGAUGACGAUGAUCCGAUCGCCAAAGCUCUUGCUAGCUUGCGUAUGCGUCCUGGCGGCAAGUCGCCUGCUCUUGGACGUCGGGAGAGCCUCUCGGCGGAGUCGCAGCCACCGGCUCCUUUUGCCCAGCCCGGACAGAUCGUUCAGAACAUGCCGCCUCAUCACCGUGCUCAUUCGCCAUCACCUUCGAUGGCAACCAACAACUUGCCUCCUCGUGCAAGGUCGCCCUCUGCUGCGUUUAUGCAAGCUCCUCAGCGUGCCGCUUCGCCUUUGCCAGUCGAAGAAGUGGUGGGUCAGUAUGGACAGUCGUUCCCCGGCGAGCGCAAGUCAUUGUCUCGACAGAACUCGGUCGCUUCGCGUGCAGGUGGAGCGGCGUCAGAGGCUGGUAGGAGCCCGUCGAAGCAGCAACAGCAACAGCAGCCGCAGGAGCAAGGCUUUGCAGGUGUCGGUGCUAGAGGUCGUAGCCCGAGUCCUCAGCCUUGGUCUCGACCGACUCAGCAGCAGCAACAGCACCCACAACAAGCAGCACAGUCGCCUCGUGUACCAGCACCAGGUUCGGAUCAGCUCCGAACGGGAACGCUAUUGCGAAGACAGUCGCAGGUACCACCUCGCAGCACGACGCCACUCGGCAUCGCUCUGGACGCGACUGGCUCGGUGACCCACGACCAGAUGGCCGUCGACUACAUGCGUAGGGCUGGCAGCGUUCCUCCUCAGCAGCAGCAACAGCCUCCACCCGCCGCCGCUGCAAGCGCUGGAGUGGCACCAGCACAACAGCCACCGCGUCCGGCUUCUGUCGUCCAUGCCAACUACGCCCCACAGCAGGUGCCGCACCAUCAGGCGUGUCCUUCUGUGUCGAGUCAGUUCAGCACCGCUCCUGGACAAGCCCCUGCUGCUCCUCAGCUGCAGAAUCCGUACGGUUACCAGGGUCAACAUGCAUCCCAGCCAUCUAUGUUCUCGACUGUCGGUCAGUCUGUUCCGCAGAUGCCGCCUGCAGGUGCGCCUCAGCAGCAAUAUGGAGGUUACGCAGCACCACCAACUGGCUAUGCUCCAGGCCAUCAGCCUACGGCGAGCCAGAGUGUCCCAGCGCAUUUGGCACAGCACCAACAGGCCCCUUCGCACUAUGCCGCCGCCUCGCCUGCUCCUGCACAGGCUGCUUAUGCGUCACCCGCCCAGCAAGCCGCUCUUCCUGCUGGAUAUUACGGUCACCCAGGUGCCGCUGUGCCACCCGUCCAACAAGGUGGUCAGUAUCCCGUGGCUCAAGAAACUCCCGCAUCCGCGUUCAUGCACGACUACCUUCAGCAGCAGCAGCAGCAGCAGCAGCAUCAACAACAACAACAACAACAACAACAACAACAACAACAACAACAACAACAACAACAACAACCACAUGCCCCACCUCCCAACGGUAUCAGCCAUGUUCACCAACCCAGCACAGCUAGUAUCGCACCUUCCCACUACCAGCAGCAGCAGCAACAACAACAACAGUGGGCACGCGCAACAAGCCCCGCCCCCGCCCUGGCUCCAGCAAUCGCAGCUGCUCAACCCCCGCAACCUAUCUCUGCAGCACAGCAAGGUCAGCCAAGAGGCCACGCUCCAACAGGACAAUACAGCGAUGCGGGUCAUCCGAUCCUGUUCUAUGUAAAGGCAUUGUAUGAUUACCAGGCGACAAAUCCGGAAGAGUUUAGUUUUACCACGGGUGAUGUAAUUGCGGUUACGCAUACGGAGGCUGAUGGUUGGUGGCAGGGAGAAUUACUGGAUGAAGCGAGGAGGAAGGUUGGUGCUAAUACAUUCCCGAGUAAUUUCGUUGCGUUGCUUAUGUAG